CCAAAUGGGUCACAACAUAUGAGGAAUAUAUUAAUUAUUAUCCUAAUUUUUGGAUAGAAAAAAAGAAAUCUCAGUUAAAUGAUCGACUAGAUAAAGAAGCUCACGAUCUUGUUAAGGAAAUAUUAGAACAAAAAGAUUACAGACAAGCUUAUAUUUCUCAAUAG